AUGGGUUCUCUAUACUCUAAUCUUUUUCCGAAUUGGUGUUUUACAAAUAAUAACCCUUGGCUUGAUAAAGGGAGGAUAGUUGUUGCAUGGCUGCCAAGUUUGUUUACUGUUAAUAUUAGCUUAUGUACAGCUCAAUUAAUCCACUAUGUUGUGCACCCAAGACAGAAACAAGACAGAUUUGAUGUUACAUUUGUGUAUGGAUUUAAUGAAGAUAAGAAGAGAGCUCAACUUUGGAUUGAGUUGGAAGAGAUUUCAAUGAAAAUACAGGGGCCUUGGAUAGUAAUGGGGGAUUUUAAUGAUAUUCUGUUUAGCAAUGAAAGAGUGGGAAAAGGAUCUACUAAAAGUCCUACUCAAAAUUUUCGAGAUUGCGUGGAAAAGUGUAACUUGGAAGACCUGAAAUAUUAUGGGAUUUUUUAUACCUGGAAUAAUAAGCAAAAGCCAGAGGAUCAAGAUGUGAUUAGUGGAAGAAAACCAUUUCGCUACUUUCGAAUGUGGAAGGAUGCAGAGGAAUUUGGUGAACGAAUUGCUAAGAGUUGGCAGGAAGGAGUUGAUGGCACAGAGAUGUAUAAGCUGACAGUAAAACUUAAACAUUUGAAGCCAAUUCUUAAGUGCAUUAAUAAGGAAGGUUUUCAUGAUAUUCACAAAGCAGAAAUGAUUGCUAAGGAGGAAUUGGUGGUUUUACAGGAAAAAGUGAAUAAAGACCCCCAAAACUCUCAUUUACAGAAUGAGGAACAAGUGGCUCGGGACAAAUAUGCUAAAGUAUACAAAGCUUAUUCUCUCUUCUUAGCUCAGAAAGCUAAAAGUUAUUGGGCUAAAAAUGGAGAUGAAAACACAGCAAUAUUUCAUGCUUCACUGAGGGCUAGGAGAAUUCAGAACAGAAUAUUUUCAAUAGAGGAUGCGCAGGGGGUCUGGUGUGAUACUCCUCUUACUGUUCAGGAACCCUUUUUACAGUAUUAUCAACAGCUCCUUGGCUCUGAGAUGCAGAACAGACACCGGGUGAAGAAAUGUAUAAUCAAUCUUGGGCUAAAAAUUUCUGAGGUGCAUUCUAGCAGGCUUGAAACCGAGUACAUAGCUCAGGAGGUAAAAGAAGCUAUAUUUUCUAUCCCUGGUUUGAAGGCUCCAGGCCCGGAUGGUUUUGGAAGUUGUUUCUAUCAAGAUAAUUGGGAUUUGGGUUGUUCUGAUGUGGUAUCUACUGUUCUAUCUUUUCUGAGAUCAGGAAGAAUUCUUAAGGCAAUUAAUACGACUACCAUUACACUUAUUCCUAAGAGCAGUUGUCCGCGAAGUGUGAGUGAUUUUCGGCCUAUCUCGUGUUGCAAUGUGAUAUAUAAGGCUGCAUCGAAAGUGAUAUGCGUGAGAUUGAGACAAAUUUUGCCUGACUUAAUUGCUGAGAACCAGGGUGUUUUGUACAUGGAAGAUAUAUUGCCCAUAAUAUCAUGGUGUGUCAGGAUUUGGUGA